AUGCAUCUUCUCGAAAACAUUAGAUGAACGCAUAAAGUUGACUUAACUUCUGGAUUCCAUUUGUCACUAAAAACCAUUAAAAGAAAUAAAAAGUAUAAUAAUCAUUAAUAUGGAUUUCAACUUCGGAGAAUUAAACGAACCGUUCUCAAGAGCUUUUUUCGAGGAAUAUGAAGACUUCAGCGUUAAUACGGAAUUCAAAAGACCAACAUGGGAUUUUGUAAAUGAAGAUUAUAAGAAAAAAGUGAGCAAUUCUACAAAUUUCUUACUUGUCGAAGGCAACAAUGCUCACAGUAUCAUGGAGAACUCAUUACUUAAGGGUGCAAAUCUGAUAGCGCAAAUGAAAAAGCAUAACAUAAAAGUUUAUCAUAAUGAUCAAUUUUUUAUUGGCAUUAUAGAAGAUAACAAAACUGAUAAUUUUGCUGCUUCUAUAGCCAAACUUCUCAGUCCAUGGUUUGAAUCAGCCAAGAUGUGUAUUAUUUUAUCUUUACAAAGCACCGCCGAAUACAAGAAUGAUAAUGCUUUUCAAAAUUGUGUGAUUCGUUCGGUUGGAAAUAAUGGACAAAAUAUUCCAACACUUGAAGUUCCAAACUUUCUUACUGGUUGCGCUGCUGGAAUUUGCACAUUAAGGAAAUUUAACGAACUUCAGUGUUCAUGUUUCAUUGCUUACAUUGAUCUGCAUGAUGUUAUUUCCUUAAAUUCAAUUAUGUCACUUCUUAAAACCUUUAAUAUUUCUGUUACCGGCAAUAUUACGCUUCCUACUAACAUCCACAAAAAUCAAUUUUAUUUGUAAGAAAUAUUGAAUUUGAAUUUAAUAAAAAGCAAGGAUAAAAGAAA